AUUUUAAUGUAAUGAUGAUUGAUGUGUGGGCCACAACCGCAGUUUCAUCCCCGCAGUUCAUGCUGGCAACUCCAACCCCUCAGUCACCUCCACUGAGCUCAGGUUGUCCUCAGAGGUAAUAAGGGUGCGAUACAUACGUAUAGUCCAUCCAGCACACCGAAUCGCCUCGGUCACGAUGGCGGCCCCCCUACGCGAUGAUUCCGAGCUCAAAACCCAGCUUCGAUCACGGUUCGUGGGCAAGACGCUCAGCGAAGUGCCGAUGCCCUCGAUAGUGCUGGAUCUUGCGAAGCUCGAGUUGAACUGCGAACGCAUGCUCGAGGCGACGGAAAGACUGGGACUCUUGUGGCGGGCACAUAUCAAGUCUCAUAAAACCACUGAACUCACACGCCUCCAAGUCGGCGACACCCGGACCUCGGCCGUCUCCCUGAUCGUCUCGACCAUCACCGAGGCGGAAAACAUCCUACCCCUGCUGCAAGAGUACCAGUCCCAUGGCCGGCCCGUCAACGUCCUCUUCUCCUUCCCCCUCUUCCCCAGCGGCAUCCCGCGCCUCGCCGCCUUCGCGUCCGCCCUCGGGCCGGGCUCCCUGACGCUGAUGAUCGACCACCCGGCCCAGCUGGCCGCUCUCGCCUCCGUGCCCGCGCCCUUCCCGCACCCGCCCCAGGUCUUCCUCAAGAUCGACACCUCCUACGGCCGCGCCGGUGUGGCCCCCGGCACGCCGGCCUGCUCCGCCCUCGUCGACGCCGCGCUCGGCGCCGAGGCCCGCGGUCUGUGCGCCCUGCACGGCCUGUACUCGCACGCGGGGCACAGCUACGGGGCGCGCGGCGGCGCCGCCGACGCGUUGGCCUACCUGGCUGCCGAGUUCCGCGGCCUGGCCGGGGUCGCCGCCGAGGUCGCCGCCCGCAGGAGGAACAACGGGGCGAAGACGGAGUUGGUCCUGUCGGUCGGGGCGACGCCGACCGCGACGGUCGUACAGCAGUUCGGGCUGCUCGCUGGCUCCGAGGGGACCGGUGGCGGGAAACCCGACGAGAAGACGGGUGAGGUGGAGAGGUUGGUUGCAGACUUGAAGGGCCAGGGUUAUGCACUGGAGGUCCAUGCCGGGGUCUAUCCGACGUUGGAUAUGCAGCAGCUGGCUACGCAUGCCAGGGACACGUCGUUGAUGACGGUAGAUGAUAUCGCGAUCAGUGUGCUCGCAGAAGUGGCUUCAAUUUACCCCGGUCGCGGCGCCAACGGUACGACUGAAGCCCUCGUCACCGCCGGCACCCUCGCCCUUGGCCGUGAGCCCGUCGCGGAUAAGGGUGAGGUGCCGGGGCAGGACUAUCACGGCUGGGGGUUUCUGAUGCCAUGGGGCUUGAACAACCCGGUGCCCGGUCCGGACUUCCCGCGGGUCCACGACGGCUGGCAGGUAGGCCGUAUCAGCCAAGAGCACGGCAUCCUGACCUGGCAGGGCAAGAAAGAGGACGAAGUCCCGCUUCAGUAUGGGCAGAGAGUCCGCAUCUGGCCCAACCACAGCUGCAUCGCCGGCGCUUGCUUUGACUGGUAUCUCAUUGUCGACAGCAGGAACAAGGGUCGCGAGGACCAAGUCAUCGAUGUGUGGCCCAGAUGGCGUGGGUGGUAAUAUGUAGAGCAUGCCGUCCGAGCGUGAUUGAAAAGCCAGUUACCGGUGGUUUGGAAGCUCUCUGAUAAAAAGGGGGGGCUUAUUGAUCACAAUUACGAAUACUGCGCAGCAACAACACCGGCCCGUAUUUUUUUGUCCCCCUUCGGAGGCCAGUUACCUGUCCCAUCCCUU